GCGGGGCGGGCGGGCGCCGGCGGCGGCGGCCAUUGGCUGGGGCGCCAUCCGGGGCCUGCUCGGCGCCGCUCGCUCGCCGCUCGCCCUGAAGGCAGCAACAUGGCGGAGGCUUCUUUCGGGAGUUCCAGCCCAGUUGAGAAGUGCCUGCUCAUUGUGGUGCAGUUGGAAUUUGAGAGUUAGGGAAAGCUGCCUCCAUCCAAAGAGAUGCCGGAUAUCGGAGUCCGGCGGGAGAAGCAGUGGCAGGCCUGAGGGUCUCUGUCUUCCGAGGACCACGACUUCGACCCCACCUCGGAGACGCUGGCGCAGGGCUACGAUGAGGACCGGGCCCUGGAGGAGGAGGAGGAGGAGGUGAUGGACGGCGGCAAGGACUUCAGCUCGGAGAUCGAAGACCUGGAGAAGGAGGGAAGCAUGCCGCUGGAGGACCUGCUGGCCUUCUACGGGUGCGAGCCGGCACUGCCCGCCGCCGCAGACUCCAGCGCGGACAGCUCCCCGAGUGGCCUCGCGGACGAGCUGCCGGACAUGACCCUGGACAAGAUCCCCGGGGAGCCUCCCUCGCCUUUCUGCUCUCGGGCAGGGAGAGGAAUCCACAUCUUGGAACCUCUUCCUGAGGAGAUAGCCAAGGACCUCCUGUCCGGGGACGACGACGAGGAGACGCAGUCCUCCGCCGACGACCUGACCCCGUCCGUGACCUCCCACGAGACGUCCGACUUCUUCCCGCGGCCGCUGCGAUCGAACACGGCCUGCGACGGGGACAAGGAGCCCGAGGUGGAGGGCGUGGAGGCGGACGGCGGGGACUCGCCCGAAGACCUGAGGAAGGAGAUCAUGAUCGGCCUGCAGUACCAGGCGGAGAUCCCCCCUUACCUCGGAGCCUACGCCGGGCAGGAGAGAGGGCCCGAGCAGGAGGACCAGCUGCUGUGGCGGCCCGGCGAGGUCCUGGAGAGCAGAGUGACGGAGUACCUGGUGGAGGCCGCGCUGAGGACCGGCGGCGAGAAGGCGGCCGCCCGGGGUGGGGCAGGCGCGCUCACGCGGGACAACGAGCAGGCGUUGUAUGAACUUCUCAAGUGCAACCACAACGUCAAGGAGGCCAUCGAGAGGUACUGCUGCAACGGAAAGGCGUCUCAAGACGGGAUGGCCGCGUGGACGGAGGAGGAGUGCCGCAGCUUCGAGCACGCGCUCGUGCUUUUUGGAAAAGACUUUUACCUGAUACAGAAGAACAAGGUGAAAACGCGGACGGUGGCCGAGUGCGUGGCCUUCUACUACAUGUGGAAGAAGUCCGAGCGCUACGACUACUUCGCGCAGCAGACCAGGUUCGGGAAGAAGCGGUACAACCACCACCCGGGCGUCACGGACUACAUGGACCGCCUGGUGGACGAGACGGAAGCUCUGGGCGGGGCGGUCAACUCGCCGGCCUUGACCUCCAGCCGCGCCGAGCCGGUGCCCGAGCCGCCGCUGAACCUCCUCAGCUCCUUCACCGCCGGGGACCUGACAGCUCUGGCGGGCGCCGCGCCGCCCGGCUGCGGCGCCGCCGACGGGAACUGCCUGGACGACGGCUUCCCGGCGCUGGGCAGCGCGCCGCGCGCGCAGGCGAGCCACGUGCCCGUGGGCACGGAGGAGCUGCUCGCCCUGCCCAGCAGCGGGGAGGGCGACUGCUUCAACCUGUUCGAGACCGGCUUUUACCCGCCGGAGCUCAACCCCUUGAACCUGUGCGGCGAGGAGUCCGAGCGGCCCGCCAAGCGGCUGAAGGUGGGCAUCGCCGUUCCCGAGCCCUUCCUCAACGAGGUGUCUGUCAGCAACCUGGGCGUGGACUUCGAACACCACACGCACCACAUCGCCAGCGCCAAGAUGGCCGUGUCGGUGGCCGACUUCGGCAGCCUGGCCGCCGGCGAGACCAACGGCUUCAUCGGCGCGCACGGCCUGCACCCGCACGCCGCCCUGCACUCGGAGUGAGCGGCGCGCGCCAGCGCGCGGACAGGCCGGGGGUGCGUAGUCUUUCACUGGAAGCGUGAACGCCUUCUCUAUGACAUCAGUGAUGUCAGUAUGAACACGAACUAUGUCUUGAUUUGUCAAGAGUAUUUCCCCGCCCCGGCCCACGGGUG